AAGAUCAAUAUCAACGACGCAGAUACCAAUACGAUAGGCCUGAAUGGAAAGUCUGUGUGAUAUCUGGGAAUAAAAUAGACUGUAAUGAACAUUUGAAGAUCCAUGGCAAACUGGCUUCCAGUAUUUUUAGAAGGGCCUACAAAAACAGACCCCCUAAUAAAAUGCAUCACAGAAAACAAGGUAGAGAGACUUCGCUGUUUAUUAAGAGCAAAAGAUAUUAAUGGACUGUACCCUUCUGAAGACUGGAAAGAUGAUGUUACUCCAUUAUCUGCAGCAGUUUUAUGCAGAAAUGAAGAAAUCUGCUCUUAUCUACUUGGAGAGUCAGCUGAUCCAAACAAACCCUCAACAAGUGGACGAACUCCUCUACAUUACGCUGCUUUAACAACUGGAGUUCCACUGAGUAUUGUGAAAAGAUUACUUGCAGCAAAAGCUGAUCCAGAUAGACAUGGAUUAAUAAUUUGGACUCCACUGCAAUGUGCUGUUGAUCGUGGCCGUGAAGACAUUGUGAAAGCACUUAUAGAGGCUGGAGCUUCACCUGAAACUAACUAUGGGGUGAAAAAAGAGCUAGAUAAAAAAGUGGAGAGAAUGAUUCGUCGACUAUCAUCACAGGAUAAAGUGUUUGAGAAAGUACAUCUGUUUUUCUCUCUUUCUUGUUCUUUACAAACAAAAAAUCAGACAGAAGUUUACAGAGUCUAUGAGGAACAUUUCUUUCAAGAGGAUCCGUUCAAUCAUAUUAUUUUGUUUGAGGUGUAUUUCGGUUUCAUUGGUCCAGGUGCGGUGCAGUAUCAUCAGAGCGCCAUCAAAUGGUUAAAAGACACUAAGAGUGCAGAGAGAUACAUUGAAGGAGUCAUCAAACGCUUCCCAAGAAUCCCUCAGAAACACUGGCAGAUUGCACUGAACUGCUUAAAUGUUGCUUUGUGUGUCAGUGAAAGCAUUUCUCCUCAGGUGUUCAGUGAUCUUGUGUCAAUUCUAACAAACAGCCUUAAGCACUCUGGAAACACAAAUGGUGAAACAGUCAUUAGUUUAAUACUCAAAAUACUCAACGUCAUGAUGCAAAAGACAUCUGAGCAGAAACGAAGUAUGAAUCAUUCUGUCUAUGAGAAGUUGUGCAAAAGUCUGUUGCCUCUCACACGUCCUGAUUAUUCAAGUCUGAUUGGAGUUUGGACCUAUGGACUGUUUGCCUAUAUAUAUGACAUUGUUCCUAAACUUGUAGCAUUGUGUGGAUUGUCACCCGUCCCAGAGAUGAUACUUAACACCGCAGAGAUUGAAAUGGAUGAAGUCAUGAAAAAAAAGCUCCAAAAGUUGGAUGAAUCACUGAGACAUCCAGCAGGUUCGAGUGCAGUGGAUAGUUUAUGUGAGGAGACAGCCGCUCUAUCAACAAGCAGCAAGAAGAAGAAAAAGAAGAAAAAAAUCCAGCAAGAGUUGGAAUCACAAGAAGUUGAGCUUCAAGAUAAAGAGGAAUCGUAUCCAGACUCUGUAGUGACAUCCAUUGAGGAAUCAAAUUCCAGUGUGCAGCCGUGCACACAACAAGUUGAGACCCCAAAUAUCUCAAGAAGGUGGCAUCAAACCAGUCAUCGUUGGAGGUCUAAGCUUGAGAAGCUAGCUAACAUUGAUGAUAGCAAUACCAUGCUGAGAAACCUUACUCUAGUACGCACUGAUGAAUUUCGUAUUGCUAAGGGAAGUGAUGGAACAGAAGUUUUCCUUGGUUUGAGGGAUGACGGCACUGAGGUGGCUGUGAAACGAAUGAUUAAGUCUAAUUACCAAGUCCUCAGAAACGAGGAGGAAUUUCUACGACUCCCAGAACUUGAUAAUCCCUUCAUCGUGCGAUAUGUGGACUUUGCAGAGGAUGCACAUUUUGGGUACCUUGUUCUUCAGCUUUGUGAGUACACACUGGAAGAAUAUAUUCAAGAUCAUUUACCAGAUGACAGCGCUGAGAGAUCUUUGGUUCUGAAGAAGCUGGUGAAGGAAGUUCUCUGCAGCUUACAGGUUUUACACGACCAGCAAACCAAAGUGCUCCAUCGAGAUAUCAAACCCCAGAAUGUCCUGAUUGACAUAAAAGGACAAGCCAGAUUGGCUGAUUUUGGCAUAAGUCGCCGACUGAAACAGGGCGAAACCACUUUACGAACAAGCAUCGCUGGAACUAGAUGCUGGAAGGCAAAGGAAAACAUACAUGAGAAAGUCAGCACUGGCUACAAGAGGAGCUCCGACAUUCAGGUUGCCGGGAUGUUAGUCUACUACAUUCUCUCUGGAGGACACCAUCCAUUUGGUGAACAACCAUUUUGUGAAGUCAACAUUUUACAAGGAAGAUACUCACUGGAGCAUCUGGAUGAUGAUGUAGCGAAGGAUCUCGUCGAGUGGAUGAUCAAUGAAGAUCCAAACAACAGACCAACUGUGGAGCAAACCCUCGCACACCCCUUCUUCUGGACUGAUGACAGGAGAGUGGAGUAUUUGAAAAAAUUGGGGAACCAGAAAGAGGUUAACAAUUAUCGUAAUGUUGAUGAGGAGCUCCUUCAGGCCGCUGAAAAAUACACAGAGGGGAAAAGCUUUUCUGAAUGGAGGACUAAAUUUCCAUCUGAGAUUGUCCAGAAACUGGAAGGUAAGAAGAAAGGCUAUCCUGAGAACACACUGGGUCUGCUGCGAUUUAUACGCAACCUGCACGAGCAUUAUCCAGAGGACGCUGAGAGCAUCAGCCUGAUGGCUUCAUUCCCUGAUCUGUUUGGGAGUGUGUUCAUGUUUGCGAAGGAGAGAGGAUGGAACUCCAGAGCGAGUCUGAAAAAGUUCUUCAGCUCAGCUCCACAGAUCUGAUUGUUGUAUUUUUGGUUUCAGUAUGUACAUUGAUUCUACAUCAUGAAUGAGUUUAAAUGUAGGGAUAAAUGUAAGAUUUGAUGAGCUGAGAUUCAUUGUUUUCAUGAAAUGAGGCCCUGAUAGCUGAAAAACACUGACACUUGUGGCAAAAUAUACCAAAAUAUACCACGAGUAUAUGUCUUACAUUUUUAAACUGGCUAAUUUGUUUAAUUUCAGAUAUUGAUUUAUCUUGUGGAAAAUAUGUAGAUGUUACAGAGCUUCCUCGUGGCAGUACUAAAUAAAAACAACAA